UCCAGGCAAAGUCAGUUCAGUUUUGAAACGAGCGGCGUACAGAGUAGAGGUAGCCAAUUUCGCACUCCCGCAUCAGAUCAUCAUCAGUAUAGUCAAAAACGUUGAAAUUUUGUUAGCAAACACAACAACUGAAGUUCAAGCCAAGUUCUAAGUCCCAGUCUGACUGGAUUUUGGCCAACAGUCGGGGCUCCCCAAAGCAAACGCAAACAGAAACAAUCGUAACCGAUUCGCGCGGCAAGCGUUCAGAAUUCUGCCAGAAGUCGAGCCGAAUUCGCGCGUUUCCCGGUUUUAAAAAGAGUCGUGCGGUCGUCGAUCGAAACGGAAUUUCGCUACCUGUGUACAUUCGUCGCCGUUUUUUAAGCAAUUCGUCGAAACGGUUCAGCAAACCAGAAGUCUCGCAAAAAAAGAAGAAGAGUGGUUUGUUGAAAAGUCGGAAAAGUUCCAAGGAAAAUCGGAAAGAAAAUAAGCCAAAAGUGCAAGUGCAGUGAGAGAAAAUCAUUCUUUGCAGCAAGGCAAAAAUAGUGCAUUUUCUGAUAACACCAAGGCGAAAGCAAAGGAAAUCCUCUGCGAAAAGAAGAAGAGUCAAAGUGCGCAUGUGAACGUGAAAAUUUUCGUUCGGAAAAACCAGUGCAAGUUCCGGGAAGCAAAACGAGCCCAAGAAGAAGCUCGAAAUUUGUAGUUUUUUCGGUGAAACGGCUGAUCGAGCAAAACUAGAAGCUGCGUCAACGGAAGAAAUUGUACCCGAAGAAGAACAGAAACCUGCAGGCAGAACGAACGAACGAAGAUCCCGGAGAAUGUCUACCGCGAUAAUGCACACCGGGGCGUUCUACGACUUUGGUGAUUUUACACUGAAGAAUCAAACAAACUCCAGAAGCACAGCGCAGAUGAUUUCGAACAGCACAAACAGCAGCAGCAGCAACAGCAGCAAUGCAUCCAGCACCAGCUCCAGUAGCACCAGCCAUCACCACAGCCAGCAGAUUCUGCUGCAGCAAACCUUUACCCACCAGCAGCAGCAGCAACAUCCGUCGCAGCAGCACCACCACAGUCAACACCAUCAGUCCCACCAGCAGCACCACUCCUCGUCCCACCCCCAGCAGCAGCAGCACACCGCUCGUCAGCUUCUGAUCCACAAUGCUCUCACGCGGACCACGUCCCACCCGGUGACGACGUCGAACUCCUCGUCCAAUUCCGCGUCGGCGGCCACGAUGGAGUCGCUGAUUGAGCUGCUGCGGAUGUCGACGGCGGCCAGUGCGGCCGUGCUGGCGCAGUCCGGCAAUGGGAGUGGGAGCAACGGAGCGAGUGGGGGUGGUGGCGGCGGUGGUGGCCACCGGAAGCUCGAGCGAACGCAGUCGGAGCCGCUGCCGCAGCAGGUCAAUACGUCGAGAUACAAAACCGAGCUGUGCCGACCGUUCGAGGAGGCCGGUGAGUGCAAGUACGGCGACAAGUGCCAGUUUGCGCAUGGCAUGCAGGAACUGCGCAACCUCCAGCGUCAUCCAAAGUACAAGACCGAGCUGUGCCGCACGUUCCACAGCGUCGGCUUCUGCCCGUACGGCCCUCGCUGCCACUUUGUGCACAACGCCGAGGAGGCCCGGAACCACAACCGCUCGGUGGCGGCGUACCACGCCCAGCUUGCGGCAGCCGCCGCAAGUGGCCAAAGUCAGUCCCAGGCGGCGGCAGCUGCCGCCGCUGCUGUCGCUCAACUUCAGCACUCGGCCGCGCUAAUUCAGCAACGUCAGCAGCAGCAGCAGCAACAGCAACACCAGCUGCCGCUGAGUCCGGCCCUGUCCAUGUCGACCGGUUCGGACCGCGGCUCGUCGCCGAUCGGAUCGCUGUCGCUGUCGCCGACCACGUCGAUGGCCAGCUUCUUCCCCGAGCAGGGCAGUCCCACAUUCCCACCGACGUCGUCGUCGAACCAGCAGCAGCAGCAGCAGCAGAGUGCGUUCAAUUUUCCGGCUUCGCCUCCGGCCAGUCCGAUUGACCACCAGCACCACCAGCAGGUGUCGCCGAUGGCCACUCCUCCGCCGUCGUCGCCGUCGCUGGUGCUCAAGCAGCAGCAGCAGCAGGAUCUGGGUGAGGCCCGACUUCCGGUGUUUAACCGGCUCAGCUCAACGGUGGACGCGUUCACCAAUCUAAUGAUUUAGGGUGGAAGUGUUUUCGGUGUUUCUGGGCGUGGGGAAAAAACGCAAGCAAGCAAGUCUAAAAGCGCAUAUUUAUACACACAAACACACAUUUACCUUUAAAGAAAGAGAGAGAAAAAAAACCGAAAGAAAAAUAGAAAAAGUUGCACCCCCUCCCUUGUAGAAGCGAAUGCGCGUAAGUCGUAAAAUUAGCACACACACACACUGUAUUUAUUCUUAUUAUUAUUUUUUGUAUCUAUGAAGCAAGCAGAAAAAAACACGCACCCCGCCCUCCCCUAAAGCAAGCAAAACAAACACAAAAAUACAUACAAAACGAAACACGGACAGAAAAGAAAGAAAAAACACAAACUAGGAGGAGAAAAAGUAACCAACAUUUAUUUAAUUAUUUAUUUUUAUAUUAAAAUUAACGUUUAUUUAAAGCAAAACAACAAACAAUCAAAACUAAACUUUGAUGAAGCAAGAAAGAGAGAAGAAGAGAGAGAGAGGAUAGCGAAAUAUGAAAUGUUAGCGAGCUUCCAGUGAUGUGAGAGAGAGAGGGACGAUGACGAAUUUUGAUUUCAUACGCAGACGUACACAAAUACACAAACCCACAAACACACACACACACGCAUAAAACCAACCAACCAAUAUUCUCCUUUGUGUUUAUCUUCCUUAAUUAUUAGUAUGAUAUCAAGCAACAACUAUACUUUAUUAUUUUUAAUUUAUUUUAUUUAUUUUUUCCACUCUUGCUACUAUUUUUUGUUUCUUGGAAAAACACCGACAGAAAAAAAACUCAAACGAGCUGAAGCAAAAAAAGAAACGAAACUGAAGGUUAUAUUCUUUGUAUACUUUGUAGUAAUUUAUAAUAUUUGAAAAGCAUAAAAAGUCAUAAAUCGCUUAAUUACACACACGCACGCGCAAACACACGUGCAGAAAGCAAAAAUUACCUUGUUUAUAUUAAAAUUGCGAAAACGAUUUGGUCAACACCAGAAAGUGCCUUAUCUGAGAGCUCAAUCCAAGUAGGCUCUGGUCGCGCACCCCCCCGCUCAUCUCCCCCGCGCCUACUACGAGUCAUGUACAGGUUUUAGCAUUCGAGUCAACUUCAUUUUCAAGCGCAUCGCGCGCGGGAGCGCGAGAGGAAGGAGCCUACUUUGAUGAGUUUUUGUACAUUUGAAAUUGCUUAAAAAAGGGUGAAACAAAAUCCUCUAGCUUUGUAAGGUGAUAUGAUUCUUCCAACGAUACUUCCAACUUUUAUACAUUUAAUGAUUAUUGCGAAAAUGAAAACAAAAACAGAACUGUGUAUAGAGAAACAAACAAAACAAAAAUAUAAAACAAGUUUUAAACGAUUUAAACGGCGAGUCGCAUCCACGAAUUUCCGCACUCUAAAACGCAAACGGAAAAUAGCGCGCGAGCGCGCGCGGAAAAAGUUUUCAAUUUAAAAACGAAAAACUUUUUUUUUUCUUCUUUCUAAUUGUGAUUAUAGUUUUUAGCUAAGCCUACUACUGCCAUCUGUGUUACUGCGUGCGCGCGCCGAUGAGAUGACGGCGGCGACGACUUUUGUAAAAGACAAUCAAAGUAAGCUGUGCACGCGCGUGCGCGCGCGCUUUCCCAAGUUUGCGCUGUGCGGAAAUUCGGAAAUUCGUGGCGCUCGCCAGGAUAUUUGCUUUAAUUUUCCUUGUGAGGUUAGAUUGUAAGAGAGAGAGAAAAAUCGAGUAAAACGGAUAUAUAUUUGUGUAAUUGUGUGUAAAAAGAGAACGAAAUGCAAAACACUCAUUAAAUCUUCCAUUAGGGUUAGGCUGAGAAAAAACAUAUUACUAUAUAUUAUGAUUGCUACUAAGGUAGAGAUUUACAGUGCUUCCCCCCCCCUCUUAAGGUUAAAAAAUUUCCCCUUGAAAAUUUCAAAUCGAGUCGCCGAAAGUGCGGCGCAAGCCACGCCCCCCGUUCUUCUGUCUUUUAAUUUAUAACCAUAUUUUGUGAUUUUUGUAUGUUAGAAAUAAACUUGAAUAAACGUCAGUCUUCCUGAAUGUCAAGCAUAAAAAACCCGCUUUUGUGUAUAUUUUUCCCAAAGUGCUAAAAGAAAAUAACUGAAAAAACCAAGUAGGCUCUGCGCGCCCUAAUUAAUCACCCCUACAAGUCCUUGGUGCCCCCUCAGAUAGUCAUAGCCUACUGCGUCUUGUGUGUUAAUCUCCGAUUCCCCCCUGCGCUGUGCAGCCGUUUCACGGCAAUAAGCAAGAUUAAAGAUCUCUCACCCCCUUUUUUCUACUUAUUUAUUGCAUUUUUUUGUUCUGUGUUUUAAAAUAAAUGAAUAUUCGCUUAACUUAUUUAAAUUAUACGUAAACGUUAAGACAACGUCGCAAAACUCCCACCCCCCGCUUCGCGUACUUGCCUAGUUACCUUAAUUACCCCUUCCUUAUCACUUUACAGAACGCAGAAAAAAACAUAAUUUUAGCAAAAAAUAAAAAAUAAAACACAACUUUUUAAUCAACGCAAGCAAGCGCACUUCCCCUUAACCAACCCAAACAACAAAAGGAGAAAGAACGAAUCAACGAAAUCAAGUCUUCCAACAAAGCAACCUUUGCUCUUAAAAGCACGGAAAGAAAAUCUUACUUCUUUUGCGCGACUCGAUUUGAAUGAAAUUUCCUAUUUUUUGCCCCUUUCCCCAAAAUAUGCGAAAUCGUCGCGAAACAGUCUGAACGAGAUGAAAGAAAAAAGACGUACAUUUUUAUGUGAGUUUAAAAUAACUAAAUAUUACAUUUAUUUUCUUAUCGUGUAUCCUAUUUAAUUAUUUAUGACAAAAGCGAUCAUUCACCGUAGCGAAAAAAACAGCAUAAAAAUACACACACCUGAUAUUUAAAAACUUAUUUUUUGAGCAAACAAUUAAACAAUUAAACACAAAACACUCACUCAUAGAUUCACCAACCUGUAAACAAACGCAUAAAUGAAAGAAGUGGAAAAAAACGUAUCAUUUACUCUAUACUCCGUAACUAUAUAUUAUAAAUUAGCGCAAAAUAUAAAGUAAUUAAAAAAUCAAGACAAAAACAAACGCAACCAAGCAAACCAUCGAAGGGGCCAUCUAUUUUGCAAUCCUGAUUUAUUGUUUACCUACUCCCAACUAUUAUCAUUUUUUUUUGUUUCGUUUUGUGUACAUUUAAACACGUUGAAGUAGGGAAGAAGAGAAACAAAAAAAAAACAACAAACACACACCCACACAAACCUUAUUAUAUUAUACAUAUUAUAUUAUAUUUGUUUUCUUAUUUAAACGGAAGAGAAGAAAAAAUCAACCAACUACACUUAUUAACCUUUAAAAUGUACGAUUAUUAAAUAUUAUUAUUUUUUCUGUGUCUUAUCAAAACUGUGAAGCAAAAAGCAGCAGCAGCAGCAGGCGUUGAAUUACCGCUGAGAAAACUGAAAUAUAAACUGAAGAAUACAAAGUAAUAAAAAAAGCAUCAAAAAUCAAA